ACCCACUUGAUCCAUUCCACUUUGCACACUCAGAGACUCAGACUCGGAUAGAACAACGCUUUAACAAUGGCCGUCUCCAUUGCUUCUCUCACAUCUUCACUCUCCUCUCUCUCAUUUUCCUCUCAAAUUUCCUCCAAACCAAACAGUCUUUCCUUCCCCCGAUCGAAGUUCAUCUCGGUCUCGCACGCCGCCAAAUUUCCUUCGCUCCUCGUCUCCGCUUCCGUUGCUGCUCCCGAGGAAUUGGAGACCGCCGACCUCGAGAAGUACGUGAAGUCGAGGCUUCCCGGCGGUUUUGCUGCGCAAACGAUUUUCGGCACCGGGCGCAGAAAAUCCGCCAUUGCUAGAGUUGUCCUCCAAGAAGGCACUGGCAAAGUCAUCAUCAAUUACCGUGAUGCCAAGGAAUAUCUUCAAGGUAACCCACUGUGGCUACAAUACGUCAAAUUUCCCUUGGUGACUUUGGGAUAUGAAGGUAGUUAUGAUGUGUUUGUCAAAGCCCAUGGCGGUGGCCUCUCGGGUCAGGCUCAGGCAAUCUCUCUGGGCAUUGCCCGUGCGUUACUAAAGGUGAGCGAGAACCACAGAGUGCCUCUCAGAAAGGAAGGUCUCUUGACAAGAGACUCGAGAGUUGUCGAAAGGAAGAAGCCUGGUCUCAAGAAAGCUCGCAAAGCCCCACAAUUCUCAAAACGUUAGGAUACAUUCCCCAUUCUCAUGGUCCCCGCACCAAAGGAAACCGAAAAGGACCCCCAAAUUGUAUUACUUAAAUGCGUCUUUCUUUUUGUAGAUCCCUUGUAGUUGCGCGCAUCCGGUAUGAAUGUGUUGUAAUUUUUGUACUUGACAUGUUGAAAUUGGCAUGAUUAUUCUUUACAUGUGCUUUAAGGUA